UCUGCCUCCUACACUCGCGGCUCAUUCGGCCGGCGCUCUCCUCCCACCGACGCGACCUCUCUUAACACCUCUCUCUCUCUCUCUCCCCACAAAAACCAAACCACAAUCCCAAACCCCCCAAUUUUUCACACAGCUCCGUUCCCGAUGGGCGACCUAACGGAAUCCCUGACGCCGUCAACCGCCACCGCCACCCCCAAUUCCUCCUCAAACCCUAGGCCCAUGCCGGUCCGCGAGGACUGCUGGAGCGAAGACGCCACGUCGACUCUCAUCGACGCCUGGGGCCGCCGUUACGUCGAGCUCAACCGCGGCAAUCUCCGCCAGAAAGACUGGCAGGAGGUCGCCGACGCCGUCAACGCUCUUCACGGCCACACCAAGAAGACGCACCGCACCGAUGUGCAGUGCAAGAAUCGGAUCGAUACCAUCAAGAAGAAGUACAAGGUCGAGAAGGCUAGGGUCUCCGGAGGCUUCAAUUCUUCCUGGCCUUUCUUCGAUCGCCUUGAUUCUCUGAUCGGAUCCACCGUCAAGAAGCCCUCGCCGUCGCUCUCGCCGCCGGUCGCCGUUCCCCUCCCGCUGGCGUACCGGAAGCCGUCUCCGGCGAGGCCGGUCGUCACGGCCGUCGCUCUGCCGCAGAAGCGGUCGGCGUCCGCGGCGGCGCUGAACGAGGGGUUCUUUAGGAUGAAUUACUCCGCCGUUGCUGCUGCGGCCGCGGCGGAGAAUGACGACGAUGAUGACGAGGACGAGGAGGACGAGGAGGAGGAGGAAGAUAACGACGACGGAGAUGAGGAGGCGGAGGUGGAGAAGGAGAGGGACAGCGACGGCGAGAUUGGUGGCGGUGGCGGAGGAGGAGUAGGAGGAGAAGGGUUGAAGAGAUUGGCGAGGGCAAUAGAGAGGUUUGGGGAGGUGUAUCAGAGAGUGGAGGCUGACAAGAUAAGGCAGAUGACGGAGUUGGAAAAGCAGAGGAUGCAGUUUGCGAAGGACUUAGAGAUUCAGAGAAUGAGUAUGUUCAUGGACACACAGGUCCAGCUGGAGCGGAUCAAGCACGGCAAGCGACCGGGCUCUAAUGAUAUAUAUAGCUAGCCAUGUGCAAGAGAGCUGUAAUGGUACAUGCGAAGCAUCUGUAGUAUCUUCUUGAUUAAGUACAUAUUGUUCCUGCUGAUACUGGCCUUAGAGAAAGCUUCUGGCAGAGCAUUCUUAAGUGACUAUGGUUCUUCUUAACCUGGCUCUUGUUCCAUCUACUUAUCAUGUUGGGUGUUUGGCAGUUGUACUUGGCCGAUCAGAUUGGUCCAAUGAAUUUUCUUUUUCUGCUGUAAUAGUUUUUAGUUGUAUUUAAGAACACAAUCUAGUUUCAUUGCAAUACAGAAGAGUAGGCUAGGCAAGUGAUUGCAUCCGGGACAGCAUGUUCGACUUUAACAUUUAGUCGGUAAACUAUUAAGUAAU